CUUCAGAAUAGCUGCUUCAUAUCAAUUCUCGUCAUCACAUACCAUCUUAGUUUGCCUAUUUCCAGUCACAUCAUGAUUGGUUUUUCUCGGUCUCUCUAGUCCAAACGUUCUUUGAGAGUCUAAAAUACGAAAGAAAAUCAACAAAAAAGAAAGAAGCCAUCAAUCAUGUCUGCUGUGGCCCGCCAUGCGGCCCGAGGACUCCGAGUCCGCAUCGGAACAUGGCACCUUUCCAGGACGUCGAUCCCCUCAUCCCGACAUGUUGCCACAGCUGCAGCCGCAACACCAACAACAACAACCACAUCGUCACCAGCAUCGAUAGUCCGGAACGCUUCCUCAUACCUGUCAUCUGCCCAAGCGUCAGUGACUCCAGACGAACAUAGUUCAUCUAGCGUACCUGUUGACGUCAGCGCUGGGGCUUCUCGACAUAUUCCGACAACGGAGUCGGAAGAGCCACUUCGUCAUCCAGCAGCCCCCACGCCAACGUCCUCACGAAGGGACAUGCUCAAGGAUGCAAAACCCUUCUCCGACUUUUUGACUGACAACUACAACCGUCAGCAUGACUAUCUUCGAAUCUCAGUAACGGAGCGAUGUAAUCUUCGUUGCCUGUACUGCAUGCCUGAGGAGGGUGUCCCACUGUCGCCUCAAAAGGAGCUUCUGACUACCCCCGAGAUCGUCUUGCUCUCGUCCUUAUUCGUCUCGCAAGGCGUGACAAAAAUCAGACUCACUGGCGGCGAGCCAACGGUGCGGCGUGAUAUCGUGCCCCUGAUGCAGCAGAUAGGCGCCCUACGACCUCACGGUUUAAAGGAGCUAUGUCUUACCACGAACGGGCUCUCGCUGCACCGUAAGCUGGACGCCAUGGUCGAGGCUGGAUUGACAGGCAUCAAUCUCUCCCUGGACACCAUGGAUCCCUGGCAGUUCCAGCUGAUGACGCGCCGGAACGGCUUUAGUGCCGUGCAAAAAUCCAUCGACCGCAUCUUCGAGCUCAACCGCCUAGGGGCCGGCAUCAAGUUCAAGAUUAACUGCGUCGUCAUGCGCGGUCUUAACGACCGCGAGGUACUCCCUUUUGUUGAAAUGACGCGGGAUAAGAACGUGGAGGUUCGUUUCAUCGAGUACAUGCCGUUUGACGGCAACAAAUGGAACAAGGGCAAGAUGUUCAGCUACCAGGAGAUGCUGGAGCUUAUUCGCUCCAAGUACCCGGACCUACAGAGGAUCCAGGGUCACAAGAACGACACCAGCAAAACCUUCCAAGUGCCCGGGUUUGCCGGCAAGGUUGGCUUCAUCACGAGCAUGACGCACAAUUUCUGUGGGACGUGCAACAGAUUGCGAAUCACCAGUGAUGGGAAUAUCAAGGUGUGCCUCUUUGGCAACGCCGAGGUUUCUCUUCGCGAUAUUUUGCGCAAGAUCAACCAGGGAGAACCCAUUGAUGAGGAAGCGUUCGAGGUUUUGAGGCAGGCUGCGUUGGAAAAGGCAGGCCAGGCCUCCACCGACGGGACUUCUCCAUUACUCGCUCCCAACUCAGAGGAGCUCCUGAAUGUUAUCGGCAUGGCCGUUAAGAAUAAGAAGGAGAAGCAUGCCGGCAUUGGCGAGCUCGAAAACAUGAAAAACCGGCCAAUGAUCUUGAUUGAUACCAAUACCAAUGCUAUAUUUCAGCACCGUUCGCAGUCAUACCAGUCACUGAACCACAACAAACAUCAAAUCCAUUGGAAUCAUAACGGGGUUUCUUCUCUUCUCUCACCUCUCACCAGCAAUACCCUCAGCAGAAACGUGAACAGCUUUGCGCAACGCAAAAUACAAGGCACCAGCACGUUCAUCCCCCCUCCAACCCCAGCCCCUUCUCAAGGACAUGGGCACCUUCGCCUCUUCUCCACCACUCGCUCCUUCCUCUCCUCCUCCUCCUCCUCUUCCUCAGACAGCAACUCCAACCACAACAAUGAGAAGGGACAACCCGAACAAUCCACACUCGACAAUGGGAAGGAACAGCCGCAACUCAAGCCCAGACUCACCCACCUCACCCCCACCGGCGAAGCUCACAUGGUCUCCAUAACCACCAAGACGCCUUCCUCGCGCACCGCCGUUGCCAGGUGCACCGUGCACUUCUCCAACCCGACCGCCUACCCGCUCGUCGUCACCAACUCCCUGAAGAAGGGCGACGUCUUGGGCGUGGCGCGCAUAGCGGGGAUCAUGGCGGCCAAGCGGACGCCAGAUAUCAUCCCGUUGUGUCAUCCGAUUCAGUUGACGCAUGCUGAGGUCGAGUUGGUGCCCGUUGCGCCCGUUGCUCCGGCUGCCGAUUCCGUUGCGGGGUCAGAAGAUUUGGAGAGGGCCUCAGAAAGUGCAAAGGGACAGGGAUAUGGAUACAUAGACAUCAGAGCCACCGUAUCCUGCUACGGCAAGACGGGCGUGGAGAUGGAGGCCAUGACGGCCGCGUCGGCAGCGGCGUUAACGGUGUAUGAUAUGUGCAAGGCGGUGGAUAAGGGGAUGAGGGUUGAGGGGUUAAGGGUGGUGAUGAAAGAAGGUGGAAAGAGUGGGAAAUGGGUGGAGGGGGAUAGCGUGAGUGAGUGGGCUAGGUCCCCAAGGAGACAGGAUGGGGAGUAAGAUGCAGUUUGUGAAAGGAAGAAGAACGGAGUUGUUGGCGAUGGGUGCCAGGGAAGGAGUUGACUACUGACGGGGACAAGGGAGACGGAGUGUCUGCAGCAAGUGGGUUGUUGAAGACCUGUGGUACAUGUUGCCUGAAGAGUAUUCUGCUUUUGAUAAUACAGAGCUUCCGACCCAUUUUGAAGGUGAAAGCGAUGAAGGCCACCGUAUUGGUGGAUGAUCUUUCAUUCUUUGCACUGGGGUCUAUGAGCUGUAUCUGAACAAGGAAGAAGAGAGGUCAAACAUCAAUCUCACACCAUGAUAUCCUUUUCGUCUCCAAACAAGA